AUGUUUCGCCAGCAGCGAUACAAUGUACCCAUGUAUUCCCGCCAGACGGGGUUUAUCAAAUUAGCCAGAGUUGAGCCGGCACUGAUUGGCGGGCGCUUUCCCGAAAGCAGAAAUGACCGCAUUAGUGGCGAGCUUGGAAGCAUCAAUUUGCGCACUCGCAUCUCCCAACGACAACAUUUUCUGCCGUUCGCACCCGCCGCCCGACGACCGCCAGAUUUCAAGAUGUUUGCGCUUUCAGAAGAGUCCAAGGAGCGCAUUGCCAAGCUCAUUGACGUAUCCCGAGUCGCCAUUCACUAUGGCUACCUUCCUCUGAUUCUCUACCUCGGCUACACCCGCAGCGACCCCCGACCUUCAGUCAUCCGGUAUGCCGUUGCUCUCAAAUCCAAAUACACAGACAAAGGCCGCUAA